CGCCCCCGACUGAAGCCGGUUGCCUCCGACGCCUCCGACGCCGCCUCCGCCCCCGACGCCCUCUCGCGACUCCGACGCCCCCGGCUGAAGCCGGUUGCCUCCGACGCCGACGACGCCGCCUCCGCCUCCGCCUCUGCCCCCGACGCCCUCUCGCGACUCCGAGGCGAAAUUCCCAUGUUCACCAAUCGAAUAUACUUCCUGAAUGCUGUUCUCUUCUAUUGGCAUCUGGCCGUUUCUCAAAUUUUAACAAGAGUUAUCCAAGAUCUAUACACUGCUUUGUAGUAUUGUCUUCUUAGACUGAAAGUUGAAAAAAGGAAAAGCAUGUAACUGUGUGAAAGCUAACUCGAAGUCACUGUCAAAUGCAUUUUUCUGUCAAGAACAGCCGAAAUGUGACUUCAUGUUUCUCAUAUUUCUCAUCCAUGAUCAGAGGAGGUCACGAGAUGCAUCCUCUGGGACAGCUGAUCAGGUGGAAAAGCAUGAUGAACAGAAAUCUGAGGUCCCAGAGUUCUGCAUUGAUGCUGGUUCAGCUGGAAACAUUGCCAGGUUUAUCAAUCAUAGCUGCGAGCCCAAUCUAUUUGUCCAAUGUGUAUUAAGUUCCCACCAAGACAUUAAGCUGGCUAGGGUGGUUCUAUUUGCAGCUGAUAACAUACCACCAUUGCAGGAGCUUACGUAUGACUAUGGCUAUGCGCUUGAUAGUGUUUUUGGCCCUGAUGGAAAGGUGAAAAGAAUGCCAUGCUGCUGUGGUGCAGCUGAUUGUACGAAGCGCUUGUUCUAAAACAUUAAAACAUUCCAAGUGCUUGUUCCACCUUCUGUGGUUCUUAUGCUUUUCUUAGCCAAGCAAAUUUUGUGGUAAUGUGCUAUUGCGUAAGCUUGUCUGUUCCUGUAAUCUUGUCUCUGCCGUGACAGGUUUGAUACAGUAGGUUAGAUUCUAUAGCCAGAAACGGAGAGGGAAAGCAAAUAGGUUCUGUUGUGAAAAUCAAAGAAGUGCACGUCGUUUGUUGGCUAAGGAAGUUUUGUGUAUUUAGGAUCUGUCAUUUUCCCGUGUUACGACACUUUGGGCUUUGAUUGCCCACUAUAUCUGCAAAUGAAAAUUCAGGGGUGAGAGGGGAAGCAACAAAAAGUGCUUUUCCCUCACUAAAAAAGACUUGGUUUUGUAGAACCUGUGCGGUUGAUUUCUUA